GGCUGUCUCUGCCACUAUCUGUCAGUUCAUACUGGAGACUGGCUGGCCUGCUGCAGGAUGGCUCAUAGUGUCACUAAAGGGCUGGCUUACCUUCACUCUGAGCUGUACAGAGGAGACCAGUAUAAACCUGCAGUGUCCCACAGAGAUCUGAACAGCAGGAACAUCCUGGUUCGUAGCGACUUAUCUUGCGUCCUGAGCGACUUCGGUCUCUCCAUGAGACUGACAGGAAACCGUCUGCUGCGACCGGGAGAUGAGGACAACGCUGCAAUAUCUGAGGUGGGGACAAUCCGGUAUAUGGCCCCGGAGGUCCUGGAAGGUGCAGUAAAUCUGAGGGACUGUGAAUCUGCCCUGAAGCAGGUGGACAUGUACGCUCUGGGCCUGGUUUACUGGGAAACCUUCAUGAGAUGUACAGACCUCUUCCCUGGGGAGUCAGUACCAGAGUACCAGAUGGCGUUCCAGGCAGAGGCAGGGAACCACCCCAGUUUUGAGGACAUGCAGGUUCUGGUGUCCAGAGAGAAACAGAGACCAAAGUUCCCUGAGGCCUGGAAGGAGAACAGCCUGGCGGUGCGGUCUCUUAAAGAGACCAUGGAGGACUGCUGGGACCAGGAUGCAGAGGCCAGGUUGACGGCUCAGUGUGCAGAGGAGAGACUGUCUGACCUGCUGCUGGUCUGGGACAGAAACAAGUCUGUCAGCCCUACAGUCAACCCAACUACUGCCACAGCUAUCCACAACCAGAGGAAUCUGUCUAACAGUCGACGGGCUCCGAAGGUUGGCCCCGCCUACCCCGACUACUCCUCAUCCUCUUAUAUUGAGGACCACCAGCUGGGCGGAGUCAAGAACCUCCCAGAAGAUGGUCACCCCGCGAUAGUGGCCAUGAUGAGCAAUGGAGUGGGAGGGGCGGUGGUUCCAGAGAAGAACCGGAAUUCCAUCAACUAUGAGCGACAGCAAGCUCAGGCUCGGGUGUCCAGUCCAGAGAGCAGUGUGUCCACAACCACUACAGGCCUGACGCCAGUCACUGUCUUCAGCACCAUCUCAGAGUCCGAGCACACUGGGGGUGCUCUACCCAGUGUCCCGGUGUGUCUGCAGCUGACACAAGAGGACUUGGAGGCCACCAAGCUGGACCCAAAAGAGGUUGACAAGAAUCUGCGGGAGAGUUCUGAUGAAAACCUGAUGGAACAUUCUGAGAAACAGUUCAGUUCUGACCCGGUGGUCCCCGGGACCAACAGCCUGCUCUACCCACUGAUAAACCUGAGUGCUGAGGUAUCGGUCCAGAGUGAUCAUGGAGGAGCAGACACCCCUCCCCCUCCCUCCCGCUACCCCAUCCCUCCCCUCCCCAAACAGCAGAACCUCCCCAAGAGACCCACCACCCUCUCCCUGCACCCCAAAACCAAGGAGUCCACCUCCAACUCCUCACGCCACAAGUUUGGAAAACACAAGUCAAACAUCAGACAGGUACGGAUGGGUCUGGUCCAGCACAGAGACAAUAACCAGCAGGAGCUUCUAGUUAUGACUGACAUUCAUGUAUCCUCCUUAUUAGUAGAGGAGAUCAGUAGGAGUUUGUCGGGUGAGAAGAUUAAGCGACGCGUGAAGACACCAUACGCCCUGAAAAAAUGGCGCCCAGCAACAUGGGUCGUUUCCACAGAUACGAGCCUGGACCUGGACUACGAGGUCAACAACAACACCGGAGGCCUGGUUCACUCGUCAUCCAACCACAGAAGACCUGGAUCUGGCAGCAGCAGCUUCCGAAUCAACCAGUCCAAAUCCAGCAUGGCUGUUUUUCUGGUUGGAGGUGGAGACACUGCAACUAUGACCUCUGACCCCAGCGAGAUGAGCUGCCUCACCAAGCUUCGAAGGAGGCCUUGGAACGUUCCCCCGCGGCUUGUCAGUCCGGCCAGAGACACUCCUGGCCAGAUGUUGGUGUGGUGAGCCAUGUAGAUAUCAGCAGACACUGGGGUCCUGGUCCUCGCCGGAGGACAUCGCCGCCGGAUCAACACUGGCACCGCACACAUCACCCACUCUCCCUCUAGCCAACCACAGCACAUGGCUCACAGCGAGAGGUGGGUGGUAAAGAGACGCUGGGCACAUGAUUGGUUAAUGGCAGAUGAUGUCACCUGAAGGAAAAUCUGUGGUCGGUUACUUGUUGAAUUAGUUAGCCUGUUAGCUGGUUAGCAAGCGGACGUUUAGAGUCAGCUUUAUUCUCUAGACUUGUGGCCAACACAUUGGCCACAUCACUUCCCAGUGUCACUCAGUGAGACUUGCUGUGAUUGGAUGAAAUGACUCUCUAAGAGAAGCCAGUGGCAGUCUGCUGUUCUGGUCAUGUGACUGUGAUGAAAUGUGGAUCCUUAUCCAACUGCCUUUUUUGUAUCAUUUGAAGACUUUAUUUAAACUGAUUUUAGCUAUGCAGUCAGUCAGCGUACAAGGCUUCCCUCAGCUGCUCUUCUGGAAACUCCCCACCUCUGAUAACACCAACAAUCAUUUUUCCUACAAUCUUUUUUUUCAUUUUGCACUUUCUCUGAAGACUUCCAUGUCAGGGGUGUUACACUGCCCCCUAUGGGCGCCACGCUGGAUGUUAGUGUGGACACGAUACAGCUGAGAUGAUGGGAGUGGGGAGAGGAGUAGAAAGAGCAUUAGUCUUAGUCAUCUCAUCAAGCAAGAGAGACAUGAAGGAGCGGAGAGGAGAGACGGGAAGAGGAGAGACAGGGAGAGGAGAGACGGGAA